CUGGCCCAUAAACACGCUACAUAUUCGUCUAUAUAUAUACGGACACCACCGCCUAGCCUACCAACUGUUACUGAAAACCCCUUUCUCUCUCCUCGCCGUUGCCUAGAAGGCUUCCUCUCUCCAACCCAUUUUUCGUCUUCCUCUUUUGCUUUCACUUAAUUAUUUUUACUUAUUUGUUGAAAUUUCUACAUGCGCGUGAACAAAAUGGGAAGGCUCAGCUUACAGAUUCUCUUCCUAAUCUUCGCAAAUUCGUUAAUGGCAGGUGUGAAUUCGUCCAAAUUCACCUUCGUGAACAACUGCCCGUACACAGUCUGGCCGGGCCUCCUGUCGAACGCCGGGAUCGCCUCCCUUCCGACGACCGGCUUCUCCCUGAACAGCGGCGAGUCGAGGGGGAUCGACGCGCCGGCGGGCUGGGGGGGCCGCAUGUGGGGCAGGACCAACUGCACCAUGAGCCCCGACGGGAAAUUCACAUGCGGGACCGGCGAUUGUGGCUCCGGGACGGUGGACUGCGGCGGUGCCGGCGCAGCACCACCCGCCACACUCGCGGAAUUCACGCUCGACGGCGCCGACGGGGCCGACGGGAAGGACUUCUUCGACGUGAGCCUCGUCGACGGGUACAACCUGCCGAUGCUGGUGGUGCCGCAGGGGGGUUCGGGGGCUAACUGCACGAGCACGGGAUGCGCUGCGGACCUGACCGGCGGCGCGUGCCCGGCGGAUCUGCGCGUGGAGGGCGGCGUCGCGUGCAUGAGCGCGUGCGAUCGGUUCGGGAGGGAGGAGUACUGCUGCAGCGGCGCGUACGACAGUCCCGCCAUCUGCAAGCCGUCGGAGUACUCGAAGGCGUUCAAGCGCGCGUGCCCUAGCGCGUACAGCUACGCGUUCGACGACGCGUCCAGUACCUUCACAUGUACCGGGGCCGACUACACCAUAACGUUCUGCCCGGCGCCGAAUACGAGCAAAAAAUCGUCUGGAGUGCCGAUCCCAGGAUCCGGAGGCGGUGACAGUAGCAGUAAUUUACCGUUCGACGGCAACAUGGUCUAUGAGGGCGCGUACGAAACAAGCUCGGCAUCGAUUCCCACGCGCGCGCGUGUGCUAGCGGGAGCUAUCUCCUUCACGGCGGCUGCGUGGCUGUUGGGCCUUCACCGUCUCUUCUGAACCGUUUUCGUCUUUCAUGGGUCCCAGCUAAUACUGUUGGAUGUCUGGGUGGCCCAUCGGGCCUCCCUCUUGUGGGCUUCCUUGUGGGUAUUCGCGUGGAGCACGUUUAAAAAAUGGCCCAUGUCAUCAUGGGCAUAGCCAUCAACAUGACAGCCCAAUUUAGUUAAAGAAGGGGGAAAGGAUGAGGAGAAAAAUAGUGUAUUAGCCUUUUGUUGUGUUUUCCUUCUAUAAACUUGAGGAUUAGUGGUAGGAGAUAAGAGAGCAAAAACACACCAUCACCACAGAUCUUAUUUAUUUUUUAGAUUUUAUUAAUAUAUUUUCUAGUAAGAUUUGGGGGUGUGAAGAUUGUGAUUGGUUUAGUUGGGUUACGACUUACGAGAGCAUAUAUUGUAUCAAUUUUAUGAGAUGAACAAUUAAUAGGAGUAAUAAUCUAUCAUCACUUAGUGGUGGUCCUCAUGGUGUAUUAUUGAUUGUACAAUAAAAUGGUGGAAAUAAAUGGCUGGUUGCAAUCGAACUUUUAG